AUGGCCCUCUCAGUCAAAGGAAGAACCGCCAUUAUCACUGGCGCAGGCUCCGGAAUCAACUUUGCCUACGCCAAGCUGCUGAUAGAAAAUGGAUGCAACGUCUUGAUUGCAGAUCUAGCCCUGCGACCUGAGGCCAAGGCCUUGGUCGAGACACACUCCACUGGGUCGCCGCGAGCCAUCUUCCAGGAGACCGACGUGCGCGACUGGCUACAGCUGGAGCGCAUGUUCGAAGUCGCCGAGAGAGAAUUCGGCGAAAUUGACAUCGUUUGUCCCGGUGCUGGAGUCUACGAACCGCUGAUCGACGAUGCGAUCGCACAGCACUGGAGCAACUUCUGGCGCCCGCCUGGCUCGGCGCCCAGCAAGGACGCGCGCGACGGUGGCCGCUAUGCCCUGGUAGAUAUCAAUAUCACGCACCCCAUCCGUACGUCGCAGCUUGCGAUUGCACACUUCCAGAAACACCGCGGCAAUGGCCGUCCAAAGCAUCUCAUCCACAUUUCCAGUAUUGCUGGUCAGAUUUCCGCAAUGUCGACCCCGAUCUAUGUCGCCACGAAACACGCUAUCAACGGCUUGGUGCGGUCAUUGGGCAAGCUCGAUCGGCUUGGCAUUCGGGUGACGGCAGUAGCACCGGGUGUUAUCAAGACACCGCUGUGGACCGAUCAUCCUGAAAAAUUGAAGAUGGUGAAUGACAGCGCCGAUGAAUGGGUGACACCCGAAGAAGUCGCCGAGGUGAUGUUGGCACUCGUCCAGCAAGACCAGGUAAGCGAGAUCAUCGGGGAUCGGUCUGGGCGAGGCCAGCAGUAUAAAGUUGUUGGAGGGACGAUUCUCGAAGUGUCGAAGACCGUGCGUGAAGUGAAUGCGUUCAAUGAUCCAGGCCCUGGGAACCGGCCAGGCAACACAGCGUCCGACCACGGCGCGGUGGAGGAGGAAAGUUUCGGGCUUUUGUCGCAGGAGGGAUGGGGACGGUCACAGUUGUAG